CCUGGCCGUAGGUUAACUGUGUGCACACGGCAUAAGUAACGUUCAGUCUGCCUCUAGAAGUCGAUCGUGAUCGUGGCCAGUCAGUUCAGUUCAGCUGGAAACCGACAACCGAAACCGAUACCGAAGCUGAAGCAGAAGCCUCACCUUGUCCCUCCCAGAGAGAUAGAAGUGCUAUUUUUUUCUAGUUUAAGACCAAGCGCGCGCGUUUCGGGAUCAUCUCAAGAAUAAAUAAUUCAAAAUAUAAAGAAGCAUCCACGGAUACAUCCACUUAGAACAAAAAACAAAGACAAAAUGAAGUACUUCAACAUCUGCCUGCUCUUCAUCUGCUGCGUCCUGUGCUACAGCCUGGUGGCUGCCCAGGAGGAGGGAUCGCCGGUGUCGCCAGCGAAGAGGAUCGCCGCCCUGCGCCGGCCCGUUGGCAAGUCCGCCAAGACCACCACCACAACCACACCCGCUCCGGCGCAAGGCGAUGGCGCCGGCGAGGGCGAGGAGUACGACGAGGACCUCGGCGCCGAGAACGGCGAGGAGGGAGACGAGGCGGCCUUGGCUGCCAGCUCCACCACCAGCACCACCACAGAGGCUCCCAAGAAGGUCGGCCCGGUGAUCCGGCCUUUCCGCUCCAACGACGACUUCCUGAACUCCCUGAAGCGCCGGCAGGCCAACGCCAAGAAGCACCGCUCCGAGAAGCUGCCCAGCCCCAGCAAGCCGGCCAAGGAGCCUGCCUCCGGCGAACAGGAGGAGGCGGCGGCGGCCCCAGCACCCGCACCAGCCCCCAGUCCCGCCAAGGGCUACAAGGGCAACUCAGCAUUGAGCCGUCGCAAGCUGUCCAAGCCCGGCAAGGCGGCGCCCGUGGAGCCGGUGGAGGACGCCGCCGCCGAGGAGUCGGAGCAGCAGCAGAAGGAGGAGACGAAGCCCAAGCGCCCCAUCGGCCGCCUGGCCCUGCGGAAGCGCAACUAAGCGGUGCUCCACGGCACACACGGCACCCCACACUCCAAGCCCCGCCACCUCCAAGCUCCGCCCACUACCCGCCACAUCCCUCACCUCCAACUGAAUCAUAUGGCUAGCUAUGUGGCAGCCCGAUCUGCCCUUUAGUUCUUAGUUCGCAAUUGAUUUUUUGUGUAUUGUAUAAAAUAUAUAUAAUAUAAUGUUAUGUUGUAAACACACUCACGCCCACACCUGCGCAACCCCUCCCCGCCCCAUCCCUCAUGUCCGGCCGCAUGUGCCCAGGUAUUGUCGCAGAUACCUGUGCCCCGAUGCGCGCCCGGUCCCAAGUAUAUAUUUUUCACAAUCAAUCCAUCAAACAGUAAUAAAAAUGAGAAACUAAA